GAAUUUAAUUCUUUUCAAAUUAACCUAAAAAAAAUAAAAUAAUUCAUUUUAACUUCUACCAUUCACCGGCAAGGAUCUCCUGAGAUUUUAUUUCACAAACCCCCUUAAAAAACUCUUUCGUUAUUAACUCUAAUAGAUCUGGCUUUCUUACGUAAAUUUUCGGCAUUUGCGAAGAUGUCGUUGCCGCGUGUUUAUUUCGACAUUGCUGCAGGAGAUGAAAAAAUCGGGCGGAUUGUACUGGAGCUACGUCCAGAUGUGGUGCCCAAGACGGCAGAGAAUUUCCGAGCUCUGUGCACUGGAGAGAAGGGUUAUGGCUACAAGGGAUCUCCUUUCCAUCGUGUCAUACCGAAUUUCAUGUGCCAAGGUGGUGACAUUACCAGAGCGAAUGGAACUGGUGGUCGUUCCAUCUACGGUAACAAGUUUGCCGAUGAGAACUUUGAGCUGAAGCACACGGGCCCGGGUAUCCUGUCGAUGGCCAAUUCUGGUGCCAAUACCAAUGGAUCCCAGUUCUUCAUUUGCACUGGGAAAACCACUUGGCUGGACAAUAAGCAUGUGGUUUUUGGCAAGGUUGUCCAGGGCAUGGAUAUAGUCCAGAAAGUGGAAUCCUAUGGAUCGAAGAAUGGAAACACAAGCAAGAAGAUCGUAAUUGAAGACUGUGGGGCUCUUUAGGAAGGGAGAAAAGUCAUCUUCACUAUCUUGAAUAUAUAAUUUCUUUUUCAAAUAAGAUCAAAAUCACACUUAUUACAAAAGCACUAAAUAUAAAUGUCACGAUAUACUCGAGCAGAUACACGAAUUUCAAAAUUAUAUUACACUAAACAAAUUGAAAAAAAUAUAUACAUAUAUUGAAAA